AUGCAGCCCCCUCUUGUCAUGAGAAUACUUGCUGCCUCUGUAUCUCUAGCCGAUAAGGCCUGUUUUUCGAUUCGUGCGGUAUAUGAUUCCAAAGACUUGGCCAUUAUCGACAAAGGAGUUGAUGAUUUGCAAUCCAGAGCUGAUCGAGAUUCUCAGCGGUGCAUAGUACAAUCCUUGAACGAGACCUUCCCGGGUCUUCAUGUUAUUGGCGAAGAAGGUGAUCUGGAUCCUGAAAAUCUAUCUACGUCCACUGAGUUAAACUCAACUGUUCUUGAACACCACUGUCCUCCAGAACUAAAAGAUUUGUCACUGGAGGAUAUUGUAGUUUGGGUGGAUCCACUGGAUGGUACAAAGGAAUUUACUGAAGGCCUUGUUGAGUUUGUUACAGUUCUUAUCGGAAUUUCGAUUGCUGGAAAGCCUGUGGGUGGUGUUAUCGCUCAACCCUUUUACAAAGCCAAUACAACUGAGCCGCACUACACGACUCGAAUCGUUUGGGGACUUGUAGGUCUGGGUGUGUUUGGCAUAAAUCCUCUGGUACCUUCUUCAAAAUUGCCAUAUCCAGUCAACCAAAAUGCCCAAAAGCUUACUUCACCUCAUAUUAUUGUGGUUACUCGAUCCCAUCGCUCUACUACUCAGGAUUUUGUCGACGGAGCAUUCUAUCCCACUGAAGUUCUUCGUGUAGGAGGGUGUGGUUAUAAAGUUCUAGUGCUUCUGGAAGGACGUGCUCAUGUUUAUGUAUUUCCUAGCCAAGGUACUAAAAAGUGGGAUACAUGUGCUCCAGAAGCUGUGCUUCUGGCAUCUGGUGGGAUACUAACAGAUUUAACUGGACAGUCUUACAAAUACGAUCUGAAUGCUAAGCAUGAUAAUCUUCGAGGCAUACUUGCUACUCCUGUUGCCGAUUGGUUGCCAUCGUAUGUUUCUUGUUUGCCAAAAGAAGUGCUUGACGAUUUCUCAGCUCGUGAUUAGGUAAUACUAAAUCUUAUUUUUUGUUUAUUAUUAUUAUUGACUUUGUUCAAUAUUAGAUGUGUAGUACACUAUAGAAUUUUCAGCACAAAGUGUUGGUCAUUACAUACAUUUCCUAUGUGUUUAUGUGAGUAAGCCUUUCUCUUCGCUAUUCCGUAGUCGUAUUUCUUUUGCUUGAUAACAAUGUUUAUAUGACAUUCUAUAUCAUCGAUAGACUAAUUCGUAUGUGUUCAAGUGUGUGAUUAUUUUUUUCUUUUGAUUCUUUCUACCAAUGUUAUAAGUGUUUUAAAAAUAGUAAUUAUUUGAACGAGUAUUUAAUGUGUUCAGGUGCCCACUUCUUUUCGGCUGUAUAAAUUGUUUUUGUUGGCUGAAAAUCAUUUAUUAUUGUAAUUUAACUAAUUUUAUUUUGUGAAGUCCUAAUGGUUUCGAUUGAAUGUUGUGAUCCAUAAUUUUCGUUUCUGAAUCUUUCUUAAUUAAAAAAAGUCUCAGUCAGUUCAAUCGUAUUAAAGCAUAUAUUUAUUAUGUAAGAAAUAAAUAAAGCUAAAUUAUUAUU